AUGUACAGGCCGGACGACGGUAAAUCGUCGGAUAGCGGGUCUCGCCACUUCCGUUCAACUACGGAGGCUGUGGAACCGUGGAUGCUUCCUGAAGUUCAAGAACACUUCGCCCGGUUAAUCUCACCGAACAGCACGCGAUCGCAUCGGGAACCUAUGUUCAAUAUGCAAAGCUCAGCAAUACCAAUACUGAAGUGUAACACUGUGAGAAGGGAAAACGAAGUUGUUUGCUCGAGUUUCCAAUCAAAUUGGAACGAGGGCUCGAAAAAGCGACGUCAAAAAGUCAGUCCAAAGAAGAGCAAAAAGAUUGGAUUACAUGACGAAUUAUUUCCAAUUCACAAAUCUGAAACCAAUAAGAGACCACAUGAGAAGUCGACUGAAAUAUUCGCUCGUUAUCGUCGAUACACCGUCGAAACCGCUGCGGAAAUGCAACUGGAAUCUCGCAUCGGGAGCGACGCCGUGCGCGAUAUAUGGAACCCCGAAAAGUUUCAGCAACAGCAGCAGCAAAACCGGCAGAAUUGCCAGCAAAUCGCGCGGCAAACGCAGCCCACCGUCCAGCAUCAUCAACAACAAUUUUACUGCACUUUACAGUAUCAGCCUUUGAUUCUAAGAACGGAAUAUCAGCGAAGAGUGUUGCAAUCACCGCCGCCACCACCGCCACCGGUUUUAAGCGCCGAAGUACCAGAAUUCUUUCCGAAAUCCAAUUUACCUUCAAUAACAAGCUACAGCAUGAAUAGUGAUAAGGAACGCAGGGCUUGUCAGAUACGUUACUUUCCGUCGCUAAACGACCGAAAUUAUCAGAGCGAGCUGUUUCCUUACAACAGACCGCAACACGAUAUUGCGACGACCGUUUUUCCGAACACCAGGAUGUCUAUAUUGCCAGCGACCGAAACGAACAUGUUCCGUUCGCCUCAGGAAUGGAUCCAAAGGGUUGCACCGCCGGUGCAAUUACAAUUAACAGCGUCCUCUUCGUCACCUCUGCCGAUCUGCACGUCCUUGCGGUCGAUUAAUGACGCUUCGAUCGUGCAUCGUCCCUUGCAGAUAUACGAGAAAUUUUUACCCUACACCCAACCGAGUCCGACGACAUCCAUACCAGUAUACCAACGACCAAUGGAGCUGUACCAGGAACCGAUGCCGAAACGGAAGAGUCAGGGAGUUGACUUCAACAAUCUCAUACUAUUGACGAAAAAUAAUAUCAAAACGCGACGCUCAAAGGGCACCGCUCAGCAACCCUUCCUCCUGGAAUCCAAACAGAGCCUGAGAACUUCUGGUCGCAACGUGCAGAUGCAAUGGUUUGACAGGGAUCGUUGCGCAAGGGGGGCAAAGGAGGUCGUGACUGUGAACGCACUGGUGUCUGAACUGCGCAGUUUCGAGGAAAAGUAUGAAUGCUGUAGAGGAGCCGGCACCAGCUGGAGAACCGCCGUUGAAGGUCAACAAAGAUCGUCCGAGACUUCGAGAUCGAAAAAUAAAAUUUUCGGGAGCGACAGCCCCAAAUGUAGGGUCUCGGACGCCGAAGAGAGGAACAGAAGGACGAAACGGCCGCUUUACAGAGAUGUCCUGGCAAAUGCCUCGAGCGGAGCGGCUCUGGAGAAUGUCUUCGAGGAAAGAUACGAUGAGCUCGAACAGCAAGCAAUGGAACAGUACAGAAACUCGGAAGAGUCGCUAGCUCUCAAAUACCAGGAAUUGGAACGUCAAGCCAUGGAACAGUACGGAAAUAGUAACGCAGGUGAUGAGAGGCGUUCGAUACCUUCCAAAAACCAGGAUUGUUUCGAUGGGCAGAGAUGUUCAGGAUACGGACAAUGCAGUCCUUCCAGAGGACGUCCAGAACGAAAAGAUAAAUGCGGCGGUUCUUGCUUUCCGCAAAUUACUCUGUUGAAACCGAAAGGUAAAUCUCUGCCGAACGUCUUUCGGGGAUCGUCAUGCAACGACGGUAAUCAACAGACGGCCAUCGUUUCGAGAAGUUUAUCCGCAUUGUCUGACAAACCGUCGAAGGAAUCGAAAAACACAUGUAAGGGUGCAUCAGGAGAUAAAAACGAUACAAAUGUUCGGACAUCGUCGAAGCGGCAUCUGAUACUGAUGUCACCCUUCGAGCGCAAAUCAGAGGCCAAACGAAUAAUGAAGACGACGGAUUUACGAAGAAUUUGCUCGCUCUCCGAAACAAGAGGGAACAUGUUCGGGUAUUACCGGACAUCCGAAAUCGCUCGGGAUGGCAGCGGUGAUGAAAACAUAACGAUCAUACAGUCACCUAGCACUGAAGUUUGGUUGUCCGGAUUCUGGACUACCUGAAG